CUAUAAUAUCCAGAAACCAUUCAUAAAACUACACCUCAGCCAUCCACGAAAUUAUUGCUUUUCUGGAUGGAAAUUCAGACAUUUUAAAAAUAGAAAUAAAUAAAUAAAAGACUCUCUUAACUUCCCCGUUCUAUGGUCAAAAUCCUUUGAAACCUUGUUAAAAUCGCAUUCGACAUGUCCACGAUCCCCAGCCGAAAUACUGGCUCCUCUUUCAAGAGGAGUGUUGAUGCCGACCGACAACAGAGCAACAUAGAAACCGACAAAAAGAAGUCGGUGCAAGUCAACCAACUCUUUUCCGAUGAUGCAAGAACUUCAAAGAAGAAGGACGCCGUCCACUACUACAAUGUGGAGACGCUCAACGAUGUGGAGUACCGAGCACAGAUUAAGGUGAUUGAGGAGGUGGACGGCGAGCAGGUGGACAUGACGCCCAAGCCGAUAAUUAACGACGCAAUAGUGGAGCAGUUUAUGAAAUUCAAUCUUAACGUUCUCCACCAAAUGACUAACUUCAACACAAUGCUUUCCAGGAGCACCAUGCGAUCUCGCACGCGUUCCAGUACAAAGACAGGAAUUGGUGGCAAUAAACAGUCCAUCGAUGACAUUAUGAACGGGAUUAUGUACGAGACAAUCAACUUUGACCCCUACCACUCUGUGGAAUUGCCUUGCACCACCCACGAGCCGAAGCCCUACAAAAAGUCCUUCGUAAAGAUCACUCUGCGCAAGUCCUCGUUCUUUGAGCUGCACACCCAGUCGCAAACGACGGUGGCCAAGGGGACGCCCGAGGGCGAGGAGACGGAGCGGGACAACCGAACCUAUGACUAUCUCACGCUCGGCAAGGGAAAGAUCCGGCGCCGCUCCGACAACGAUGCCCAGACGGACACGAUUCUGUUUGUGUCGCGGGCAGUUAACACAAUCUUGCUGACCAGUGCCACCGUCAGCUCGUACGUGUCCAACUUUGAGAUGUACGACACGCUGAACAACGUUUCAAGAGAGAUAGCUGUCAUCCAAGUGGGCUCGCUGAAGGAUCCGCCGCCACUGGCGCUGACAGACGAUGUGGUCGCAGCGGAGGGAUUCGAGUACGAAGAAGCCAUGGCCGAAAAGGACAAGAUCAAGGCCCAGACGGACCGACUGCUUAAGAGCCCAGAGUUCCGCAACGCCAUCAUGUACGUGGGUCGAACGCUAUCGAGCAAUACGAAUGAGGAGGGUAUGCGGCGCUUCCGCAACUUCGACCAAGUCGACCGUACCAAUACGGAGGCCGAGUAUGUUUACUCGAUGAGCCUGCUCUUCCGUCUGGUCCCGGAGCCCAGCAAGGCCGAGCGUAAAGCCGUCAGCGACAUAGACUUCUGUCGCAGCAACGGCGAUAUUCUGGCCGUGGGCUACGGCCUGUACUCCUUCUCCUCACAGUACGUGCCCACCUCGGGCAGCGUAUUCCUGUGGAGCAUCAAGAACGCGAGCGAACCGGAGCGCGCAUACUACUACAAUGUCCCGGUGACGGCCAUCAGCUUCUCGCCCUUCCUGCCCAGCCUGCUGGCCAUCGGGUUGUACGACGGAAGCGUAGAGGUACGUGAUGUGAGUAGCCUACAGGAUACGCCCGUGGCCGUCUCUCAGCGCGCCACCUCGCCCGGCUGCGCUCCGGUGGUGGCCAUUCGCUGGAUCAAACAGGUUGAUGACAAUGAGAACGACGAGGAUGCGGACAUUGAUCCUUUUCUCAGUCUGUCGCAAGACGGUUCGGUGACCCGUUUCCGCAUUAUUAAGAGCCCUUUCCUGCUGGGCUUCACCCAAAUGGUCCUGGAGCGUGUCGAAGGCCAUCCUGAGGGUAUCUUUGUGCAUCCCCACUCACGGAUACGCUGCGAGUCGAACCGACAUCCACAGGGCCUGAGCAUCACCACACAUCCACUGCACAAAGACAUCUACUAUGUGCUCACUGACGAGGGCUGCAUCCACAAAUGCUCGAUCAACUAUCAGCACCAGUACCUGGAGGUUCUGCGGUGCCAUGACGGCGGCGUCACCGUGAUGGAGUUCUCGCCGUGGUCGCCCAAGCUAUUCCUCACCUGCGGCAACGACUGGUUUGUACGUGUUUGGAUCGAUGGCAUCACACGGCCACUGCUCGAGUUGCAAGACGAAAUGACGCCGGUGCACUGGGCCAAGUGGAGUCCCACACACUCCACUAUCAUUGUGGCGGUGAACCGAGAGUCUGCCAGCAUGUGGGACUUCCGGCGCAACCUGCUGCGCCCGAUGUCGAAGCACAAGAUGGACUCCUCAUUCAACACUGUGGCCCGAUUCUCCCACUGCGGUCGCACUCUGGUCAUUGGCAACGAGCGAGGGAACACCCUCUUCAAUGCCAUCAACGACAUGCCCUUUCCGCCCCACUUCCAGUACGAUGAGUUGGAGAAGGCCAUCUAUAAGGCCAUUGGCAAUGACCACGAGCUGCUAAUGGAGCUCAAGAGCGUUGGUUUCUUUGGUUAUCCCGAUAAGAAAGCAGUUUUCUAGAUGAUUAGACAACGUUUUGUUGUGCGAAAAGCAAAAAGAUCAUCAAUAAUAAUAUGUGUUUCGGGAAAGCUUAAAGAAUUAUAAUGGAAAUGUCUGUCUAAUUUCACCGGUUUGGUUAAUCAAACAAAAGUGAAUGAAGUUGUUGCACUGAGCACCAAUAAUACAAAAACUGUUUAACGCCAAACAUAAAUCAGAAUUUAAAACCUUGUCCCUCAAA